CCAGUUCAGCUUUUAAUACAGGCUUACCUGAUAGUGUAAUUGACAUAUUGAUAACAUUGCUUUACAUCUGCUGUCCCUGACAGUGAUCAUAUAUCCCACAGAGAGGGGAGCCGCUGUGCUGAGAUGGCUAUGGUAUGUCUCACAGACUUUGAGGAGUAUGCCAAGGAGCACCUCUCCAAGGCCACCUGGGAUUACUACGCAGCCGGAGCAGACGAGUGCUGCACGAGGGACGACAAUCUGCUGGCCUACAAAAGGUAGGUACCUCUCCCCGUCCUGUAAACUACAGGACACACAAUUCAAUAUCACAAAAAUCAACAACACACCUCAAACUGUAGUGCUAGGAAAAUCCAGUAACAAUGUGACUCAAAAUAAUCAAUUUGUCUCUGUCCCAGGAUCCGUCUGCGACCACGGAUUCUACGGGACGUGUCGGUGAGUGACACCAGGACCACGGUGCAGGGCACAGAGAUCAGCUUUCCUGUGGGCAUCGCCCCCACUGCCUUCCACUGCCUGGCCUGGCAUGAGGGCGAAAUAGCCACUGCCAGGGGUGAGCACUAGGAGGGGGUUAACAGCUGUAGACGUUGAGCUCUGCAGGUCAAUAGCUUUGUUGUCACCGAGUAUCCUAGGGGUGGUCAACUCAAAAUCUCUCUCUCUCUCUCUCUCCUCAGGUACGGAGGCAGUGAACACCUGUUACAUCACCAGUACCUACUCCACCUGCUCUGUGGAGGAGAUUGUGGCUGCAGCGCCUAACGGCUACCGCUGGUUCCAGCUCUAUUUGUACCGGGACAGGAAGCUGUCUGAGUCGAUCGUUCACCGUGUGGAGGCCCUGGGCUACAAGGCCUUGGUCCUCACCGUCGACGUGCCUUACACUGGGAAGCGCCGCAACGAUAUACGCAACCAGUUCAAGCUCCCGCCUCACCUCAAGGUCAAGAACUUUGACGGGGUCAUCCAGGUAAUGGUAAAAUAAACAUAUAUUUAUUUAUUUAUUUUCUAGAUUAAAUAUUUUUAACAGUAAUGAUUUAACCGUAAAAUCAUAUUGGGACCGUUUAUUGGACAAAGAUUAAUCAUAAUUUUGGACUAAGAAGCACUUUCAAUGAAGAAUCUCUAUUGAACAUGCUUUUUAGUCCAGGACUAGGCUUAAUCUAUGUCCGGGAAACCGGCCCAUAGUGCGCAUCGUAGAGAGAAAGUAGCUGCUAUUGAAUUAUUUAAGAAAUCCAACGAAUGCAUUUCCCCUGAGGCGUCCUUCUGUGUGUAUAUGUUACUGUACUGUAUAUGUUACUGUACUGUAUAUGUUACUGUACUGUAUAUGUUACUGUACUGUAUAUGUUUGUGUACUGUAUAUGUUUGUGUACUGUAUAUGUUACUGUACUGUAUAUGUUACUGUACUGUAUAUGUUACUGUACUGUAUAUGGUACUGUAUAUGUUACUGUACUGUAUAUGUUUGUGUACUGUAUAUGUUUGUGUACUGUAUAUGUUACUGUACUGUAUAUGUUACUGUACUGUAUAUGUUACUGUACUGUAUAUGUUUGUGUACUGUAUUUUAUGUCUGUCUUGUCUGGGUGGGUGUCCCUCUGACACCACCUGUAGGAGGCUGCGAGUUCUGAGGAGUAUGGGAUCCCUGCCAACACCCUGGACCCCUCCAUCAGCUGGAAGGACGUGUACUGGCUGCAGUCUCUCACUCGCCUGCCCAUCAUCAUCAAGGGCAUCCUGACCAAGGAGGACGCUGAGCUGGCUGUGGAGCACGGCGUCCAGGGCAUCAUCGUGUCCAACCACGGAGGACGCCAGCUGGACGGAGGGCCCGCCACGGUAAGAACGGGGACAAAGUACACCACCUCAUACUCAUGUUCUCUCUAUUUCACUCUACAAUCAUCAAGCCAAACAAUAUUUAGUUAAUGAAAUGUUGAUAUUAAAGGACAGUUAAUUUGAGGACUCCUACUGUACAACAAUAGAGGUUGAGCUCUAGGGGAAGAUCUCAAUUGCAUACUCCUCGCAUCCUCUCCCCUUGUCUCCUUCUCAAAACCCAUUGGAUGAAAUGCCAGAGGUCCCUCCUCUCUGACCUUCUCCUCCAAUGGGUUUUGAGAAUGAGGCUAGGAGACUAGGAGAGAGGACACGAGGAGUAUGCAAUUGAGAUCUUCCCCUAGAGCUCAACCUCCAUUGUUGUACAGUAGGAAUCCUCAAAUUAACUGUCCUUUAUGUCAUGGCUAAGUAGGCUUCUCGUUCCUCAAUUCUGCUCUCUUCUCUACCUCCCUCUGCUCUCUCUAUCUACCACACAGAUAGAUGCCCUGUCUGAGAUCGUGGAUACGGUGCAGGGGCGUAUCGAGGUGUAUCUGGACGGGGGGAUUCGCACCGGUAGUGACGUGCUGAAGGCCGUGGCUCUGGGAGCCAAGUGUGUGUUCAUCGGGAGGCCAGCCGUGUGGGGCCUUGCCUAUAAAGUAACUAUUAACGUUGUGUGUCAUCGACCUAUUAAUUUAAGAUACUGAGAGUAACAAACUGUCUUGCUGCCUGUGUUUUCCCUCAGGGUGAGGAGGGGGUGAGGGAGGUACUACAGAUCCUCAAUGAUGAGUUCCGUCUGUCAAUGGCUCUGUCUGGUGAGUAAGGAACAAAAGUUCUUACAUACAAAUGAUGGAUCUUAAUUUGAGCCAGUUUGCUACAGCAGGAAAAGAAUCCUGCAGCAAUAGGACAUGUGAAUCAUUAUGUGGAUUAUAGGGGUUGAUCCAUUUUUCAUUAGAGGAAAUCAAGUCUGAAAUUUCGAAGUGGAAAUUACAAACUUUAGAAGCCUUUUUAAACCUCAAAUACACUACAAGUUUGUAUUUCCUGCUGUGCAGGAAAAUUCUUAGCAACAAAUUAAGAUUCUACAUCUGUAAUCAUAUUUUCUCCAGUCUGAGAUUAAAAACCCUUAGCUAUCAUUGCAUCAACCUCAUAACAAUGCAACACUAAUGUUUUGUUGGUCUUUCCUAUCUCAGGGUGCAGGAACGUGGCUGAGAUCAACAGGAACCUCAUCCAGUUCUCCAAACUGUGACUUGACAGCAGGGAUCGCCAGAACCAUCCAGACGACUAUGACGACGCAGCAAAACGGAGCUAUCUACUCAAUCAGUAUAACUUCUAACUAAACCGGAAUUUGGGACAACAAAAUGAAACCUCUCGUAUGAAUCAUAAUGAACUGAAACUGAAACUGAAAUCAAUAUAAUAAAUCCUCAACUUUAAUAGUUUAAUCCAAUUUGCCUGCCCAAUAACUGGACAUUUCAAUACAAGCAGCUUAUAUAUGAUAUAACCAGCAAAAUAUGGUCAUCAUUCAGCUGAGAUAUGUUGACAUGAUAUAGAUCAUGUCAUUUAACCUAUUCCUAACUCUCAAUGGCUGCAAGCCCAGUGUUAACCCAUCUAUGAGUGAGAGAGGCCUGAUUUUGUGUCUCUGAUG